AAUUGAGUUUUGAUAAGAAAAAUAAUAAGUUUAUCAAUUCUGUGCGCGUCUUGAUAUCAUUUUUUAUUGUUUAGUAGUCAUAUGUUGGUUGUCACAUUAUGUAUUCAACCCAGAUUUUGCUAUCUAAAGAAGCAUUGAUCUGUUUAAUUUGUCGUCGGGCGUGAACAACUAAACGGAACAGUUAUAAUAUUGUUUAGAAAUAAUUAAUUUGUAGAUACGUGUGGGCGUCUGGUGUGACAGUUUGGACAAGGGUGUGCGUGAUGUUACUGUCCGAAAGAUAGUGGUAAAAUAUAUUAUCAUGUCUCUGCAGAAGAGUGUUAAAAGUUCUGGAGGAGACAGGUCGGACCAAGCAGAUACAACCUCAAUAUGUUCAUCAGUUACUACGCAACCAGACAGGCAUGGUUUCUUCGGCGGUGCUCAGUACAGUCCUGAACCAAAGAGAACUGUAUCACCGAGCACGAUUCUGAAACGCGAACAAAAGUGGUUGCGCAUGCUCGACAACUGGGAGGCGUUCAUGAGCAAAAACUACAAGAAGGUGCGCGAGCGAUGUCGGAAAGGUAUCCCAGCGUCUGUACGUCCAAAAGCAUGGUUAUAUUUGUGCGGUGGACAGCUACUACUGGAGAAGCAUCCCAACGAUUACGAGGAGCUUCUGCAAGCGCCAGGUGAUCCUAAAUGCAUGGAUGACAUCAGGAAAGAUCUCCACAGACAGUUCCCGUACCACGAGAUGUUUAUAAGGGAGGAGGGAGUUGGUCAACAGGAGUUGUUCUCGGUGCUGAAGGCGUACUCGGUGCUGAACCCCAAGGUGGGCUACUUUCAGGCGCAGGCGCCGGUGGCGGCGUUCUUGCUGAUGCACAUGCCCGCCGUGCAGGCCUUCUGGUGCCUCGUCAGCAUUAGCGACAAGUACCUCAGCGGAUACUACAAUCCCGGCCUAGAGGUGCUGCAACGCGACGGCGAUAUAUUGCACGCGUUGCUCCGCCGCACCGCCCCGGCAGUGCACCGUCACCUCGCCAAGCAUAAGGUGGAGCCUGUGCUGUACGCUACCGAGUGGUUUCUCUGCGCGCUCACACGCACACUGCCGUGGGACAGUUUGCUGCGCGUCUGGGACUGCUUCCUGUGCGAGGGCGUCAAGGUUCUAUUUAAGGCAGCGCUGGUGAUCCUAGCAGGGGCAUUAGGUCCCGCGAAGGUUCGGAAACGGGCUAGCGGACUAUGUGAAACUUUAGAGGUGUUACGUCACCCGCCAGAGGGCGUGCUGGGCGAGGAGUACCUCAUGUAUCACAUGCAGCGGCUCAGCCUCACCGAAGAGGACUUCGAGUUCGAACAUCAACGACAGACCGCCAGGCGACGAGCCAUGCCCAACAGAAGGUAUACCAUACAACACAUCAACGAUGAUAUCUGAAACAUCGAUUAUAGCAUUACAACCAGUCUUCAAGAAAUUCAAUAUUUACAUUAAGUCGUGUGCAAUCUUCAAAUCAAAUCAAAUAACCUUCACCAAGUCAUAGAAUAAGGAUAUAAGAAUAAUGCUUGUGUUUGUAUAAUUAAUCAUAAAUAAUAGUAGUUUAUGCAACUGUCAUAUAAGAAGGGGUAUUAAAACACGAGAGUCUGUUUAUCGAUAGUGAUAAUAGGUUGACUCGAGUGUUUUAAUACCUAAGUUAUAUGCAGUUUCAUACACUACUUUAUCUUCACUCAUAGGAAAAAUUUAAAUUAAACAAAGUAGAUAGAUUAUAAGAAAAUAUUUUUUUGGAAUCUCGAAUACAAAAAUACGAUCGGCAAAAAAUGUAUUGGAAGCGCGGGAAAUUAAGUUCAAACUACGCAUGCGUGCGCCAUUUUUUUCAUAUACAACCAAACCAUAGACUAGUUUAAUGGAUAAAAAAAGAUAGCGGUACAAUAAUGAGUUUUAUUUUUAAUGUUAUGUGUAUGCAUUUAUAAAGUGCGUAUGUAUAGAACAGACUUCGAAUUCGUAAUUCCAAUUUUUCGAUUUAAUUAUAGAUGAAAUUCCUUUUGUUAUUGAAAAAUGCUUAAAAAUCCACUUUGUCCCUAGCACUAUGAGAUAAUAAAAUUCUUUUUUUUUGCAGUGGCAGCUGAUUCAGCGACUGUUCUUACAAGCGUUAUUCGAAGAAUAACGCACGGGACAUAUUCCACACUCUAUGAGUACGUGCAAUAACGACUGCCAAACUAAUGUGUACCUAAAGUGAUAUGUGAUAAGGACGCCAAUCGCGUGACCGCCGAACGACCAAUACGACUGACGUGUGUAGGACAUAGAUUAAUGUUAAGUGCAGACGCGAAUCUAUUCUGCUUUAGAAAAUAAAUUGGAACUUUCUAAAUGGGGUAGAAUUCAUUUUAACGAAUGUUAGAUGUAUCUUAUUAGAAUAUAGUACAUUCUCAAUAAAAACAUAAUCUGAAAAUUAUAUUUUUCUUUUAAAAAUGUACUGAUUGAUAGGUAAAUCAAAUACUAGUUUGAAUUUUCAUGUACUACAAGUACUUGACAACUUUGAAAACUUUGAGAUUGUAUUCAUAUUAACAUCAAUGACUCAAAAAAGAAUUACUAUUAAAAAUAGAAAAACGGAAUAAAAUAAACAAUAGUAAUUUGGAGACUAUUUUCUGUACAAAAAAAGAAAUGAAUUGAAAGUGUUUCUCAAACAUGCAACACUAAACAAUAUGGAUCCAAACGUAUAUCGUAGUAAUAUUAAAGAUUUUUUAUUAUUAUCAAUAUUUAUUUCCUAUUCGUAAAUCUAUAUCUUAUGUUUAAAGACAUCCAAAGAUAAAAUAGAAUAUAAGAUUUGCUUUGCCUCUUUCACAUAACCUCCAUUUUGUAUGUAUUUAAGUAGAGAAGUAGAUCAGAUUCGCGUCUGAAUAAAAGUACUGUGUAAUAAUAUUGUUUGAUGAUAGAAGAGAGACAUUUUUCAUAUCACAUUAUCGGUAAAUGUAAAAAAUGUUGUUGUAAUUUCUAAGUUUACGUAAGUAAGGUCUUAAUUUCGAGCGAUAUUUAUUAUAUAUGUGUGCGUGUAUGUGUGAGCGAAAGAGACAGAUACAGGAAUAUUUCUUAUCGGUGCACAAAUUUGAAUUCUCCUCCUUUUUGUAUC